AUGAUUAACGUGUCACCCAAUGGGAAGAAUGGACGUGGAGCGAAGGAGGCAAAUUUGUACACUGAAAUAGCAGAAGGCAUCCAUUCAUAUGGUAUUACUAAGCAUCGUCACGUGCCGGAAAUUGAACAAGGAUUGUCAGAUGCGGCAAAUUCAGAAGUUAAUGUUAGCUUCACUCCGCACUUAAUGCCGAUGAGUCGUGGUAUGCAAUCAACUAUAUAUGUGGAAAUGGCCCCAGGAGUGUCAAUUCAGGAUUUAUAUCAGCAUUUGAGCUCGUUUUAUGAGAAUGAAGAAUUUGUGACUUUGCUGAAGAAAAAUGAAGUUCCUCAUACUCGACAUGUUCGGGGAUCUAAUUACUGCUUUAUGAAUGUAUUUCCAGAUCGAAUCCCUGGAAGAGCAAUAAUAAUUUCUGUUAUUGAUAAUCUUGUGAAGGGAGCUUCUGGUCAGGCCUUACAGAAUCUUAACUUGAUGGUGGGAAAUCCCGAGAACACAGGGCUCCUUUACAUGCCUUUGUUUCCUUGAAUAUUGCAUAAGGUAAUCACGAACAAUCUUUACCAGUCAAGGAGCAAUUGUACGCAUCCAACCAGCUGACUAACUAGUGUCCGACGGAGGUUUACUUGCGACUUCGCUAGAAUUUUGAACUAGAUCACAAGCACAAGUUGGCAGAUGCAGACUAAAGUGAAAUUCUAUCCUUAUUUUAUUGUACUUCACGUGACGUUCAUGAGAUAUUCCUUUGUCCAAGGAAAUAAUAUAGCAAAUGUAUUAGAAUGAUUGUUUACUUACAUGCAAACAUUACAUUUUAUUGUACUUCACGUGACGUUCAUGAGAUAUUUCUUUGUCCAAUGAAAUAAUAUCGCAGAUGUAUUAAAAUUU